GGAGCUCCUGACUCCCUGCCGGACUCUUGACAGAGGAGCAGACGCCGAGGAGUGACUCCGCAGAGUCGGGUGAAUGAGUCCAGAGAGACGGAUUCACAGAGUUUCCAUCGACCUCACAGUAUGAGCCAUCCGCCCCGCUCCCACCGGGAAUACCGGGACAGAAACGGGGACCAUCGGCGGCCACAUGAUGGCCGUUCCUCUCCUGACAGGUCCUCCUCCCGACCCCCGUACUACCCCCGAGAAGCUGACCCUCCUCCCAAACACAUGCGGGACGCCCCUCCCCGGGUGGAGCACAAAGAGUCCAAGUGCACCCACAUGUGCUCGAGGAGAGGUAUCGUCCUGAUCUGCGCCGUUCUGACCAACGCCCUGGUGCUCAUCUGCGUGGUUGCCGGGCACAUGGUCUCCUCGGGCCUGUCGUCCACGGCCAGCGUGGGCGGCUUCAACCUCAACUCCAACUUCAACCUGCAGGGCACGGAGCUGCAGCAGGUCCGGGACCUGGACAUGCAGUACAGCCAGAUGAGGGCGCCCAGCGUCUACGGCGGCAUCCCCUUCAGCCUGACCUUCGGCGUGGUCUCGCUGCUCUUCGUGAUCGCGGCCAACAAGCCGGCCCACCAGUUGUCGCGGCAGCUGCUGUACGGCGCGCUGGCGUUCCAGGCGCUGGGCGCGGCGGCGUACGUGGUGGCCGUCGGCCUCUACCUGCACUUCAUCAUCGGCGUCAACUCCACGGACGUGUGCAAGCGGCGCGAGCGGAUCUACGCCCGCAACGGCUACACGUGGAUGAGCUGCAACGUGAGCGGGGCGGACGCCGCCGUGGCCCUGUUCGGGCUCAUCACCGCCAUCCUGUACGCCGCCGGCGCCGCGCUCACGGUGCAGACCAUCCGGGGGGUGAGGCGCUACCUGCAGGAGAGGAAGAGGAGGGAGGCGGAGCGGCAGCACGGCCGGGGCCAGCCCACGAGGGCCCCUCUGAGGGCCGAGACCACCUCGGUGUGAGCGCGCCCGUGGGAAAGGGACGCCUGCGCCAGCUCGCCGUCUCUGAGCCGGGCUCGGAGAUUCUGGUUCAGUAAUGUGACUGAGCGUUUCGGAUCGCAGUUAAAAAUUCUUGCUGUUUGCUCCUGAUGUGGAGGAAAACCCUGUUGACAGACCGGGGACUGACAUGAGGAAGAACGGAGGUUUUAGUCCCGCAGAGCCACUGUUAGAACCACAGUGGGACAGUCUUCAGAGGUUGGUGUGUCUCUGUCCUCAGGCGGACCUCUCACUCAGCUUUUUUCAUUCAGAAGAAAGCUGAAUAAGAGGCUUUUUAUUGUUUUUAUUUCUAAAAAUCCACAGAAAUACGAAUAGAUACCGAGCUUUUUACAGACUCAUGAUUCCAAGCAUCAAUGCGUACACUGACACAAAAAGCAGUAUUUUCUCAGAUCAAAUUAAUUAACUUACAGUCUUAUUUUUAUUCUUUUUCUUAAACAUUUUUGAACAGUAGUAUCUGAAAGAGCACCUCAAAUAAAGACUCUCCGGCCACACUAUUAAAACCCCUGGUUUGAUCCUGGGCCAGCCUUUCUGCGAGGGGAGUGUUUUCUUCCAGUGUUCUCUCAAAGCCUGAAAGCAUCCGGUUAGUUGUGGACUAAUUUGUUUAGUGUGUUCGCUGCGGGGGAAUUCGCCCUGCUUUCAUGAGCUUUUCCUGUUUUAAAAGAUCUAAAAACAAGGUGUCACACUGUCUUACUCUGGUCUGACACGCUGUGGUCGUGACCGAGGCCUCUACUGCUGUGGCAUUGAUUGAAAAAAUUCAAAUCAGGUAUGGUUUUAUAGUUUUGUUCCUCAGUGGAGGACCAGCAGAGCCCGGUAUCUCCAGGUUCAAACUCCUACAGCUUUUUCUGAAGGACUCACGCCGGACAGGGAGGUGAAGCUGGAGCAGCUUCUGAUCAGGACUUUCAGCAGUUCAGUCCCUGCAACAAGUGCAGACUAACUGCUGCCCUUUGUCUCCGUGUGUCAGUGUGUUGAGAGCAGAUUCUGCUGGAGAUUUGUAUGCUUUUAACACGUUGGUAAUUGGAUCAGUUCAUUAUUAAAGUAAUUUCUAAGCUUCUUCUUGAGACUUUAUGCACGUUUCUUUGGCGCCACUGUAGCGUUCCUCUGCCUUGUACAUAUUUAAUCUCUCUGAAUUGUGACUUGUUGUCCCUCAGGUGUCACUGAUGCUCUUCGGGUCACGUACAGCCGUUCAGACCAGUGAAAUGGUUUUCCUCAGGUCGAGAUGUAGCUCUCCCAGUGUUUUCCUGCCGAUAAAGUCGUGUGUUAUAGUGUGUGACAGGCGCGGUGUGGGUCUGUUAGAGCAGCAAAAUGACCUGUCUGCCUACAAACGACCUUCAGAUGUCUCUGUCUCACUCCACUGGAUUUUCAAUUUUAUGACAGGCUUACCAUUGAUUCCGGGCCUUUUUGCCCUCAAACUGGACUUGCAGGCUAACUUUUGUGAAGCCCAGUCUCAUACAGCUCCUGUUAAUGUUAUGUAAUCUCUGACCUCAACAGCAGUGCCACUAAGAGUUAUCGAGAGAAAUAGUGCAGGUCCAAGGACAAGCAUGCACCUGCAAGUCUAAACUGAGGGCCCGGAACUUCAGGGAAAGGCAGGAGAACAAAGGUGAAGGAAUAUUAACAAGUCCUUGAACACAAAUCGUAUUGAAAUUAGAGUAAAUGUAUAAAUUACAAGACCCAAAUCUGUGCACACACACUGGAUUUUGCUUUAUAACACCCUCACACUGGGUUUCUAUGGAAGUGAUCAUUUUGCUGUGCUAUAAAUGUUUUUUUUUAACUUGUGUUUUUGUGUAUUUAAUGUGUUUUUAUAUCACUUUGCCUCCAAAUUAAACUCACUGUGA